GUUUCUGUUCAGUAGAAGAGAUGUGUGUGUUCUUCCAUCACAUCGAGAGAGAUAGAAAGCGCGCGAGCGAGAGGGAGAGAGAGAUAGAGAGCAAAUGAGCCAGAGACAGAGCUCUCUUGGCAUCCGUUGUCGAGUCCGUUCGCGGCAGAGAAUAGCGGUCUUAUGGGACAGAGAUGGGAGAGGUGUGCCGUUUCUUUAUCAGCCUAUGACACUGACACAGCGGCCAGGAUGGAUCUAACCACCCGGAAAAUGAUGCUCCUGAUCGGUCUCAGCUGCCUCUGGCUCCAAGUGCUUUCAGAGGUGGUAGCUGAUGACAGUUAUUUAAACGAGGUGCAAAACACAGCCCCUCUCUCCUGUUCGGAGGGUUUUACAGAGCUGGGUUACUAUAACGGCUCUGUGUCUCAGACGGACUCUGGCGCCCCCUGCCUGCGGUGGACAGAGUUUCCAGACUACGUGCUGCAGUACCCUGGCCGAGGCCUUGGGGAGCACAGCUACUGCCGUAACCCUGACAGAGAGUCCAACCCCUGGUGCUUCUUCAGACAGACCUCUGGGGCCAUCGGCUGGUCUUACUGCGACUGCCACCAGGGUGCAGCUCGGCUGGUGGGCGGGACAUCGUCAGGAAGUGGACGUGUGGAGGUGUACCUGAAUGGCCAGUGGGGGGCAGUGUGUGACUCUCAUUGGACAGACAGAGAUGCCAGUGUGAUCUGCAGACAGCUGGGACUGGGUGAGAUCGGCACAGCGUUGCAGCACUCCCGGUUUGGCUCGGGCUCCGGUCUCUUCCACUAUGAGCGGCUGGGUUGCCGUGGUGAUGAGAGCUCCAUCAGCCAAUGCCGGAGCAGGACAUUUGUUACCGGGGAUUGUAGCCAUGGAAACGUGGCAGGAGUGGUGUGUGCUCCACCAGAAGGCAGUGGUCCUCCUCUACGAUUGGUUGGAGGAGAGGAAGACUUUGAGGGGCGUGUUGAGGUGUUCCAUGGCGGUAGGUGGGGCUCUGUCUGCGAUGACCAAUGGGACGACAGAGAUGCAGAGGUUGUCUGUCGACAGCUGGGCUUCGGGGGUGUGGCGAAGGCCUGGUCAUGGGCCCACUUCGGACAGGGCUCAGGUCCCAUUCAAUUGGACGCCGUAAGGUGUACAGGAAAUGAACUCUUCUUGGACCAGUGUCUUCAUGGAGACUGGGAACAACACAACUGUGACCAUAUGGAAGAUGCUGGGGUGUCCUGCAGCCCCUACACAGACGGUGUGGUCCGGUUGGUAGGAGGAGACAGUCCAUGGGAGGGUCGUGUGGAGGUGUUCCACUCUGGGGACUGGGGUACGGUGUGCGACGACCACUGGACUCAACAACACGCUCAGGUGGUCUGUCGACAGCUCGGAUACAGGGGCCAUGCUGACGUCAUGGCUGACAGAACGUUUGGGGAGGGUUCCGGGCUCAUCCUAUUGGACGACGUUCGUUGUGAGGGGACGGAGUCAUCCCUGCUGGACUGUCACCAUGGCAUAUGGGGCCGUAGCGACUGUUCCCAUGGAGAGGACGUGGGCAUCCGUUGCAGAGCCGGAGCUAAAGAAGAAGAGACCAAUGAGGUCCCGGCUGUUGCACCUGCCACAGGUCCCCUGGUGCGUCUGGUAGGGGGUGGUAGCCAUAAAGAAGGUCGUGUGGAGGUGUAUCUCCAUGGAGACUGGGGAAGUAUCUGUGACUCAGGCUGGAGCAACCUGAACGCCGCCGUAGUCUGCAGACAGCUGGGCCACAGUGGUCAUGCGGUAGUGGUGGGUGGUUUCGGUCGGGGAAAGGGUCCCGUCCACCUGGACCAGGUGAGGUGUAGGGGGAAGGAGGACUUCCUGGGGGAGUGUCCAUCUCUGGGCCGGAGCCCUGAGGGCUGCAGACAGAGAGAGGAUGCAGCGGUGAGCUGUGACCCCGCCCCCCAGGCAACAGAGGGCCAAGUCAGGCCAAGUGAGCGCACCUGUGGAGUGAGGAAGGUUGUGGAGGAAGGGAACGAGAGGAAGAGUGGAGUGGGAGGAGGAGGAGAGAAUAUACUCGGCACGUCGUGGCCGUGGCAGGUGUCAGUGUGGUUGGGUUCUGAGGGGAAAGAUGGCCAUCCUAUUUGCAGCGGAACUCUGAUCACUCCCUGCUGGGCCCUCGCCUCCGCUCACUGCUUCACCAGGUUUGGUAUUGACCCGUCCCACUACGUUGUGCGCUUGGGGGGUUCUGACCUAACUCUGACCCUGGAGAAAGUGGUGGUCCACAGGAAGUUCAGGUCAGAUCAGGGCCCUGGGGGUCAUGACCUGGCCCUGCUGAGGGUGCCCAGCCCCAAGGGUCACUGUUUGACUUUUGACCCCCACACCAAUGCUGCCUGCCUCCCCACCCCGGAAACUGCGGGUGGCAAGACCCCCUCCUCCUGCAUCGCUGCGGUUACCGCAGGCUGGGACGGCCCAGAUGCUGUGCUACAGUCCUGGGUACCCCUCCUGUCGUCAUGGCAGUGUAAGAAGCGUUAUGGGGAUGGUUACUCUUCCCACGGCACGCUAUGUGCCGGCAGCCCCCCUGACACACGCCGUCUCCACAAGAACAACGGUUGCCAAGGCAACUGGGGUGGCGGGCUGGUGUGCCAGGGAGAUGAGGGGCGGUGGGUGUUGACCGGGAUUGUCUCCGGGGGUUACGGUUGCAGUGACCCCUCAACCCCGGCCCUCUACACACGGGUCGGCCGGUUCCGGCGCUGGAUCGAGGAGGUCACACAGCGGGAGCAGAACACACACAGUCAGGAGCACGAGGAGCUCACACACACGGAGGAGCGGAGCAUACUCACAUACGUUUAUGACGAGCUGCAACACACACACUCCCAAGAGCAGAGCACACACACUGAUGAUCAAUUCAUACACACACAGCACAACAAUAUCCAUACACACGAUCACAAUGAGCAUAAACACACUCACACUCACAAUCUGCAAAGCAACACUCACAAUGAGCUCAAACACACACACAAUCAGCAUGCACAUACACACACUCACGAUAAACACUCCCAGACCCGCGAAGCUGUCACUCACACACACGCCCUGGUCUGAUCUAUGACACGCCAUUGGCUCACCGGCCGUGCCAUGUGACUUUCCGAGGAAGAGGAGGAAGAAUGGAUGAUAAAGGAGGAAAAGAAGGAGGGGAGAAAGAGGAAAAGACUUCAGAGAUCAGAGAUCCUCCUCUCCCUCUCCCUCUCCCUCUCCCUCUGCCUCCUGACCCAGACGAUGUAAACCUCUAAUAUUCAUGUCAACUCUGUCUGAUUAUUAUCAUAACUUAGCUGUGGUGUGUGUGUUACGCCAGCUGUGGGGUGUGUAUGUUACGCUAUCUCUGGUGUGUGUGUGAAACGCUAGCUGUGAUGUGUGUGUGUGUUACACUAGCUGUGGGGUGUGUGUGUGUUACGCUAGCUGUAGGCUGUGUGUUACACUAGCUGUUGUGUGUGUGUGUGUGUGUGUGUGUUACGCUAGCUGUGGGGUGUGUGUGUUGCGCUAGCUGUGGGGUGUGUGCGCGUAUGGGUGCCAUAUGUGUGUGUGUGGAGGGGAGGUGGGAUCCUAUAUUGAUCAUGUUUAGACAACAUGUCUUUUCUCUGACAGUGGGGUUGGCUUUUUUAUGAUUGGUCUUAUGAUGCCCUAUUUAAAUGUAAAGUCCAUCCAGACUGAUUGGUUAUUCCUUAACCAGUGGUUUAAAAAAAAUGCUGUUCUUCAAAAGCUGUUCUGGACCAUCUAAUACCACAGUUGUAUUUCUGAAGAUGCUAUUUAAUUUACAUGGGAAAUGGACUGGACUUUCUUUUCUUUCGAAUGUGAACUGGACAACUCUUCUUCUCUCCUUUCAAAUAAACUGGACAUUCUUGGGGGCUUAAAGCCGGACUCUUUGGGGGACAGCAGUUAAGCCUUGAAGUGUGGGCCAGUAACCUGAGCUUAAUGGUUCCAGUUCCCAGAUUGCAUCUGCCGCUGUACCCUUGAGCAAGACACUUUACUGUUAGAUCAAAUUGCUCCAGGGAUCCUGCACUGUGGCAUACCCUGUGCCUCUCAACCGCACUGCAACAUCACAAAAAAAGGACAAUACAAUUGUAUGCUACUUUACUCUACUCUGUUCUAUUCCUAAUGUACUAUGCUCUUCUCUCUCCUGUCAAAGCCAUAGAGCCAAGGGAUAGAUGGAUCAUAUUCAUUAUUUUCUACUGAUCUCCCUGAACUGUUCUAGUUGUUAACAUUGUCUGUAAAUAGUUCUGAUUGUUUGUGUGUUGCAUUAAUUAUUGUCUCAUUCCGAUGGCCAAACAGUUAGACUUCCUGUAGUUGAAUGUUCCCGUCUCUGUUCUCUGAGCGAAUGUGUGUGAUCUAACCAGUAGACGGCUAUGUUGUCGUAUAUUCAGAGCCAUGAUUUAUCGUACGCUUGAGGGAGAAGUUGUCCCUAACCACCGAUCUAGGAUCAGAUUAGCCAACUCCAAAACUUAGCCAUUGCGGAGGAUACAAAAAGAAAUGACCCAGGAGCAGUGGUUAGGGACAAUGGCUCCCAACCUCAGACAGUAUAUGACCAUGAUUGUUUUCUGUUCUUGUUUUGUUACUGGAUGGACUUCCUCAUUCCUGUGCUGUGCCCUGGUGUUGUGUAGCAUAUUGUAUUCUAUAACUAAUUGUUUCUCUCAAACAGGAAAUGCUCCUUGCCUCUUUUUUGAAUCCUCUACAGACGCCUACCUAUCCAGUAACAUGAUGUGGUAUAUACUAUAUAAUCGUUUCAUGAGACUCCUCCCUGAUGCUUGAAUAAAACACUGUCCAGAGAAUCAUAUUAAGUCCAUGUAAAUACAGUAUUUCCAUAGCUGGACAUAUUCCACCAAACCCACAUUGCAUACUGUACACAGUGUCUGUGCGCACAUAGGCAGCAGUAUUUUAAACGCAGGCACUGGGUAAACAAUGCUUUUGCGGGUUUGAUUGAAUCCCGGCCAGUGGAUUCAUGUCUCUGUUUAACGCUGUGAAGAGUCUGGCUCAGUAGAAAUGUUAAAACGGUCUUACCAUCUGUGUGUUCCUCUGACGGGUCUGUCUCUGUACUGAAACAUGGUGGACUAUUAAAAGAGAGCAGGUCCUG